AUGGCUGGUGAAUAUGCAUGUGUUAUUUUACAUAUUCUUAAAGCAACAUUAAAAUUAAUUGAAAAAUUUGAAUUUAAUACUGAAACAACUUCGGAUACUAUAAAUGGUAAUGAUCGUAUUGAAUCAAUAUUAUCACAAGGAGCAAAUGCUACUAGUUCACAAUUAACACUAUCUGAUCAAUUAUAUUGUCAAGCAAAAAUUGAUGAAGAAAAUGGACGUUUAAAGAAAAAAAUCGAAAACUGA